GAAAAGAAGAAUCCUAAUAUUCUCGUCGUUACUUUUACUUGUUUAGAGUUCUCGUUUCUUUUUUUUAUAGUAUGAGUGCAUUUGGCGUUUGGCCUACAAACCUACAUUUCAGUAUAAAAAUAGUUGAAAACACAAAUAACACCAAAAAAUUAGUUCUCAAAAAAUACCCAACACAUCUCACAAAAUAUAUCUAAAUUCAAUUAAUAAAUUCCGUGGCCUCUAAAUUGUGUGUGAAUUUCCUCCGAUUAGAAAAAUAUGAAAACAAGUACAAAUAUAAAUGUACAUUGAGUUUGAGUAUUGCCCUUGAUUAUUUUUUUUCGCUGCUACUUUUGCUUAUUGUGUCACAACAAAAAAUGUGCUCCACAUAAAAAAAAGCUCUUUUAUUUUUUGUGCAACAGUUUUUUGCUCAAUUAUAAAAAAAUCUAUCUUUUUUCUUCGAUUUUUUUGAAAAAGAAUUGCAAAAUUUUAAGAGUGAAAUUCUGUUUUGGAAUUUAGAAAAAAAAUUAAAAGAUUUCAUCUGAAAGAUAUGUCGUUUUAACUCCGGCUGUAGUGUUGUUCUCUGCUAAUCACCAUCACACAUUACCCAUUUCCCUUACCUACCUCCUUAGAUUUUGUGUUUUUCCUCUCUCGUCUUCGUCUUGCCCAGUCUUGCUCUCAAAAUAUAAUACGUACAUACUUGGGCUUAUGCUACUCUGAUUAUGAUUCAAGAAUCAAAAUCAAGAUUCCAAUUCGAGUCCAGUGAUAAUAAAUAAAUCAAAAAAAAAGGAAAUAAAAUUUGUUAAGUUUUUUGUUUGUGUGUUUUGCCAAACUUAAAAUCGAAAUUGAAAGGAAAAGUUUUGUAGAUGGUUUUUUUUUUUCAUUGUGAAAUUGUAUGGUGCAAAAGUUGGUUUUGGUUUAAUAAUUAAAUAAUAAAAAGCAAUUUCAAUUUGAGAGAGAUUCUAUACGAGUAAUGUUACUGAAAAGCUCAUAUUUUGUGGUGUGUAUAUGUGAAUGUGUUAUAAACGCAAAACGCAUAUUUAACACUUGGCAAGUGAAGUGACUCAAGUCGCAAAUUGUGUCGGUUGGUGGAUUGGAAGCUUGUUGUUGGAGAGAAGAAGUUGAACGAAAAUAAAAUUUUGCUUCUGGAUUAACUGCGCCGAGCAGAACUGCCACCAAAACACAUCAAAAGAGCAAAACACUACAUCAACAGAAGAAAUACAGAGAAACAAAAAUAAUAAAAAAAAAAAGCUUACACCCGCUCGGUGUAUGUAUUUGAAUUGGUGUUUGUAUCUGUUACGUAGGUAUUUUCCUAUUCACAACGCUCAACUAUAAUGGCUAAAUAAAUCUAACGCAUAGGUAUAGAAUCAAAAAUUUCAAAAAAAUGGAAGAAUUUUCGGCGGUAGUUCAAACUUUCGGUAAUCAUGAAAAGGAUCAACUUCUAUCCUGUUCCAACCUAAAACAACAAAUGUUCAAUCAUCCUAAUCUAAAUCAAAAGGACAAUCGCCUGUACACCACCAACAACACAACCCCCACCACCAGUAGUAGUACUUCAGACAAAUACAAACAUCCCCACCAAGAUUCAAAUUCGCAUUUGAACGAAUGCAGUCCUUUAACACAAACAUGUUUCGCGGACUCAGCUCUGACAACAAUUCCAAAUGAAAAUCGAUUUGUCAGCAUGCCAAGUGAUGGUUUUCAAAAGAUAACCGAAGCUAAUAAUUUCGACAACUAUCUACAUGCAACAGUAUCCACGACGACAAAUGUUCAGGACGAUUCUAACUUCAAUGAUAUCCAACAAUUUCGAUCGACGGCGGCAGUGGAUAAUAGUUUUGCUGCAAAACAACAUCGAUUACCUAAUCCAUCAGAAUUGCAUUAUGACACUUUUCAAAAAGUAAACACAAACAACUUUGACAAAACAACAACAACAACAACAACGGUGCAUUGCGCAAACAAUUCUACUACUACAUUCCUUGAAUGUAAUAAUGACGGAAAACAACACAACAAUAACAAAAGUGCAAAUAACUAUAAUAAUGAAUUGAACUCGAAUUUUUCAGUGCCUAUUUCUAAUUUGGAAUCGGAUUCAACUAAUACCGAUCGAAUAUCGAAGAAUAUUCAAUCGGCACAGCUCGCAAAUCCAAAUCUAGAUUUGAGCAUAGAUUCUGAUUCAUCGUCCUGUGAUGAUUUGAUUGAUUUGGAGAUAAAUGAAGUUGAAGGAUUGAAGGGUUAUCAAGAUAACACGUCUUCGCAUUCUCAACAAAGUGUUGGAGGAAGUGGAGGAAGUAUAGUUGGUAAUAAUGGUCCAAAUAGUACGGGCAAUAAUAGCAGUAGCAAUGGCGGCGGUGGCGGUAACGGUGGUGGUGUAAUAAGUGCGAAUCCAAAUAGUGGAUAUAUAUCGCUAAUACCACCACCAGUUGGUACAACAGGUUCCACUGGACAUGGUAGUGGUAAUCAUCAUCAGGGCGAAGGGAUUGAUUUUAAACAUCUCUUUGAGGAACUGUGUCCUGUAUGUGGUGACAAAGUUAGUGGAUAUCAUUAUGGACUUUUGACAUGUGAAUCGUGUAAAGGAUUUUUCAAAAGAACCGUUCAAAAUAAAAAAGUCUAUACGUGUGUAGCGGAGAGAUCUUGUCAUAUUGAUAAAACGCAACGCAAACGAUGUCCAUAUUGUCGAUUUCAAAAAUGUUUAGAAGUUGGAAUGAAAUUGGAAGCUGUUCGGGCAGACAGAAUGCGAGGAGGAAGAAACAAAUUUGGACCAAUGUACAAAAGGGAUCGGGCGCGGAAACUUCAAAUGAUGCGUCAAAGACAGUUAGCGUUACAAGCUAUCCGAACAACAAUGGGCUCUACAGAUGUGAAGGGUUCGAUGUCACCAACUGCCUACCAACAGCCAUAUCCAAAUAUGAACAUAAAGCAAGAAAUUCAAAUACCCCAAGUAUCAUCUCUAACACAAUCACCGGACUCUUCGCCGAGUCCAAUUGCAAUUGCUCUUGGACAAGUGCAUGCUUCACCAGGAACGUUAUCUAAUAAUUUAAGUGGUAGCAAUGGGUCUAGUGCAGCAAGUUCAGCAAAUGUACAUGAAAAUUUAGCCCGCAAUGAAUCAAGUACCUGCCAGGAUGGAGCGCCAGUGAAUUUACAGCACUCAAGCGAUUCGAAAAUAUGUUUUGAUUCGAGCACCAAUCCGUCUAGUACAGCAGACUCUGUGAACAAUGUCGAACCAUUGAGAGUCUCACCGAUGAUAAGGGAGUUUGUUCAAUCAAUAGACGACCGAGAAUGGCAAACACAACUGUUCGCAUUACUUCAAAAACAGUCAUACAACCAAGUUGAAGUUGAUCUGUUUGAGUUAAUGUGCAAAGUUUUAGACCAAAACCUGUUUUCUCAAGUCGAUUGGGCCCGCAACACAGUUUUCUUCAAGGAUCUGAAGGUUGACGAUCAAAUGAAACUUCUUCAACAUUCUUGGUCUGACAUGUUAGUGCUGGAUCAUUUGCAUCAAAGGAUUCACAACGGACUGCCAGACGAAACGCAACUGAACAAUGGUCAGGUGUUUAAUCUUUUGGGGCUAGGUUUGCUUGGAGUUCCUCAGCUUUCGGAUUAUUUCAACGAGUUACAAAAUAAACUGCAAGAUUUGAAAUUCGAUAUGGGUGACUACGUCUGUAUGAAGUUUCUUAUAUUGCUGAAUCCAAAUGUUCGAGGUAUUGUAAAUAAAAAAACAGUUCUGGAAGGCCACGAAAAUGUUCAAGCAGCCCUUUUGGACUACACACUAACUUGUUACCCAUCUGUGACGGAUAAGUUUAGCAGACUUCUGAACAUUCUUCCGGAAAUACAUGCAAUGGCAGCUAGAGGGGAAGAACAUUUAUACUUAAAACACUGCGCUGGAAGUGCACCUACACAAACACUUCUAAUGGAAAUGCUUCACGCCAAAAGAAAAGUAUAAUAAACAAUUGUUUAGCGCAAUAAAGAAUUUAAAAAAAAAAAGAAAAGAAAUGUCCUGUACAAGUAUAUAAUAUUAAAAAUAACUUUUUCUUGUAUUAUAAAAUUUAUCUAUUAAAUAUCUUUUUUAGUGUAUAAUGUAUAUGAUGUUAUUUACGUUUAACGUGGAUUUUGUAAAUAUUUAAUAUUAUAUAUAAAAAUCAAUGAAACAAAACAAAAAAAAAAAAUUAAGAAAACAAAAAAAAAAAAGAAAUAUGUAUGUAUGUUAUAUAUAUUUUAAAAAAAUAAGCAUACAGAGAUGUGACAUUUAUUAAGUUUUUAAUUGCUGUAUAUGAGCUUUUUUCUGUUUGUUUUUAAUUCAACAUAAGUUUUUUUUUGUGUUAUAUUUAAUAAAUUAUAAGCAAAAUGUACCUUAUAAAGUCUUAAAUGAUAGAUAUUUAACAUACCUAGUUAGAAUUAAACUAAAAAAAAAAAGCGUAAAUUGAAAUAUAAGUUGAGCAUGUUGUGAAAGGAACAAAUAAAAAGUGAUUUUAAUUUUAGGCUACAACUUUACUUCUAAGUUUUAUUGUUAUAUGAUAUCAUCUUUUCAUCUCAGCGAUGU